GAAUAUAGAAAUUUAUCAGACCUUGACGCGAACGAAUAAGAAAAGAAAAUAAGUUAAUUGCUACCCAGAAGAUGAUAUGUUUUGUUUUUUUUACAUUGAGGUGAAGCUGUCAAACGAUGAAGUAUACGUCAAGUCGGACAUUGAAGGACGUCAGUUAUAUUUAUGAGCGAUAUCAACAAAACUAUAUUCAUGAAUUAAAACAGAUUCAAAAUGGAUCACAUCCGUGUUAAGUUUAUUUAGUUGGACUAACUACUUACUGAUUUCUGACACGAACACAGCACUUAAAUGUUUUAUUAUUUACCAUGAAUCGGUGGUGUGUCUUUUCAGCAACAUGUAUUGGAAUUAUAUUUCUUGGUAUCAACACAACAAACGCCACAAAUUGUGACAAAACAUUGUUUAAUGGGUACUGUCGGGAUAGAACAAUCAGUGCUGAAGGAGAUCUCAAUAUUGCUAUCCCUGUCAGUUUACACGAGUCGAGAGAUGGUCAACGUUGCGGUAACAUAUCUGUUUCUGGGUUCCAGUCUGCGAUUGCUAUGGAGUGGAUUAUUAAGAUAUUGAAUGGGAAUUAUUCAGGAAGUAGUUCUUUUAUCCCAGGCCUAACAUUAGGAUAUACUAUAUUUGACGACUGUGGGCUGCCGUCAAGAACAUCAUCUUUUUUAACAGAUAUAUUCCACAAAGACAGUUAUAGCAACUUACAAGAAUGUGUGGCAUCUGACAACAUAUCCAUAUAUACAGGAAUUGUGUCUAUGACGUCGCCAGAUUCUUCAGCAAUGGCAUUAGAAUUUAGCCGUCUAGAGGUUCCAGUUAUAAGUGUUGACUACUACGAUGAACAAUAUGAUAAAGCGCCUGGCGCUUUCUUUGGAGUAGAAAGUGUAGAAACUGAAAUAAAGGUUAUUCUUGAAUUUAUAAAUUCUCAAAACUGGAAUUUCAUUGGACUAGUUUACACAGAAGAUUCAGUAGGGAUGAAAUACCUCGAUUCACUAAUAAAACAAUCAUCAGGCAUGGAUAUCUGUUAUCUUCAACUUCCGGUAAAUUCUGGAAAUGUCAGUUCUGUUGUUAAUAAAAUCAUUACAGAACAAAAUAACUAUGCUGCAGACGAAACUUUUGGUGUUUUGUUUUUAGGGUCAGUAAAAGAGUGCAUUCUUUUUUUAAAAGAAAUAAAAUCAUCACAAUACAGUAUAGCCUCAAAAUUGAUGGUGCUAUUACCGUCCUCUGUUGGAACAGGGAAACAGCUGUCUGAGGCUACUAGACCGCUAACAAACGAUAUUUUUUCAAUUUCACCUCAUCAAAUUUUGCUACAGAAUUUAACAAAAUAUUUCCAAGAUGUGAUAGAAAACAAUACCGAUCAACAUCUAUAUCCGUGGUUAUCAGAAUAUAAACAACAUAUAUGUUACCUGCUUCAGAAAUCAAACUGUGGAACAAAUGAUAUCAUGGCGUAUUACAGACAGGAGUCUCAAGUAGACAAAAGUGUUGUCAGUUUAAUUUCCAUUGCUAAUGCACUGUUUGAUAUGCAUAGAUAUUUCUGUAAUGGAACAACGGGACUUUGUAAUGAAAUGGUUCAAAACCUGAAUCAUUUGUCAACAUAUUUGCAUGUAUCUAAUGUUUCGUUGCAAGCAGUUUCUUCUUUUUACAAUAUUGAUGACAGUGUAGGAUUCAGUAAGAACAUAUUGUCUUUAGGAAAGUCAGUCUAUAAUAUUUUUAAUCUGACGAAAAGCAAUGAAAGCCUUAUUGGCAAUUUUUCGAACGGGGUACUUAAUCUUGACUCUAAUGCACGUAUUCAGGAAUCUAUUUGUAAAAAACCACGAUGCUCAAGAUGUAUAGACAGUGAAGAACUACAGUUUGGUUAUACACCAGGUGACGUACUCAUUUUGGGUCUAUUUUCUAUACAUCAAGACGCUUAUGAAACAUCGAAUGACGAAAGCAAGUUAUUUAAAUGUGGCAGUUAUAGAACUGGAUCCACUGCAAUCAUUACUGUGUCUGCAUUCCUUGAAAGUGUGAAAUCAUUACGAGAUCCCAGUAGAACAGGAUUAAAUUUUGGUGCUAUAGCUUUAGAUGACUGUUACAACGAACUCAACAUAAGUGCCCUCAUUACCGAGUUGUUUACGGGACAGCGUAUCUUGCUUGAACCAAAAAGCAAGGUUCCUAUAGAUUUUUCAAAAGUGGUGGCUGUAGUUGGAGCACUUUCCAGUCGUGUGACACAACGCAUAGCUGACGUCAUGAGCUCACUUCAUAUUCCUAUGGUGUCUUAUGCCGCUUCAGCUACAUCUCUGGACAACAGGGUUCGAUACCCAUAUUUCAUGAGAACUGUCCCCAGUGACUCUCUACAAAUUGAAGGAAUAAUUCAGUUAAUUUCGAAACUAAAUGUUAAAUAUGCAGGAGCUUUAUAUAUCGACGAUGCCUACGGUGCAAGUGGGAUAGAAGGUGUAAAGGCACUGGCACGGUCCAAUGGUAUAUGUAUUUAUAAACCGUACAGCAUUGCUGAGGAUACGAGCACUAUUAAAAUGAAACAAAUUCUGAAUGAUAAUCGCUAUAUUGGAGGGGUAAAUGUUAUUGUCAUGUUUUCCAUAGAUACCAUUAUACAAAAUAUCCUUGGCGAUUCAGUACUGUCAGACGACAACGAUCGUAAUAUGUCGUCAUACGCGCCGAUAUUUGUGUCUAGUGAAGGAUGGGGUACUUACCUUAAUUUGGCCAACAAAGAAUCGGCAGGUUCCUUAGUCUUUACAACCGAUAGUAACAAGCAAGUCACAGGAUUAUUUAACGAGUACCUAAAGUCUCUGAAAGUUUUGACUAAAACUGAAAACCCAUGGCUCUACAGAUUUUGGGAGGAACAUUUCAAGUGUUAUAUGCCACGGUCAUUUGAAAAACUUUCAGAGUGGACCGGCCGUUGUGAUGUAAAUGCAAAACUCAGUAGUGAUGUUAUUCAAAGUUUAGUGUCUGAUCAACGUAAUACACACACCGAGAUAGCAGUUUAUGCCAUAGGGCUUGCAUAUAAAUCGUUUUCCGGAAAAUCAGUUUGCACUGCUGGAAAUUGUUUUAAACGGAAUAAAGAAAAUGCUACAAACUGGACGGAAGCCAUUCGAAGUAUUGCGAUCCCUAUAUCAGAUGGAACUAAUUUCAGACCAUUUAAACCCGAUGGCAAUGGAAACUUGGGUUUUACCAUUCACAAUAUACAAAGGAAUUCCAGUUCCGGGUUUUCAUAUGUAAAGGUCGGAUCAUACGACGGAACCCUUUCGCUACAAACGCCAAAUUUGAGAUUCUAUGACCAUCUAGGACAAGAAAGAACAUUAAAUCCUAUAUCCUGUCCAACAAGUAAAUGUCCAGAUGCAUGUAUCACGACCACGAUACCUCCCGAAACAUCAACAUUAUCUGCAGUUUCUAAUGUCGAAACGUCAACUGACAUCAUAGCUAUUGUCCUUGGCACUGUGGCAGGCAUUUUAUUCUUGAUUGUUAUACUGUUAACAAUUCUCGUUUUCAAAGCUUUAAGGACAAACAACUCUGCAAUGGACGUUAAAACUAAAGAAUUACAGAUGGAUCAUUUGUCAGUUCCAAUUCAUCAUAGAAGUAAUAGAAGCUUGAAUGGUAUAUAUAAUGAACCAUAUUCCCAACAUAGCAGUUUAAGUGAUAUAAGAAGAGCACAUCACAAUAAAGGAUUCAACAGUGAUAAUGAAUCGGCUAAUCACCCUCCGCCAUCGACUUCAAGCGGCAUAGUUGCUGGAUCUAGUUCCGAUUCCGCCGGAAGUCAUAUAGUGUAUUCUGAUAUGACUCAGUCUGCUCCAAAAUCUAACGGAGAUACUAAUUAUUUGUCACCAGAAUCGUCCGAUGUUUCAAACCAGUCAUUAAAAGCUCUAACUAAACGUGUUUUGCAACCGCAAAGCGAUCAAGGAAUUCAAAACCAAGAACCAAAUACAGAUUCUAGUAUGACUUAUCUUUCGGCGAAUGAACUUUUAUUGGAGGACGAAGAAGAAUCAAAUGCACAUAAGAAUGAUGGUGCUUACGACUUUGGAGAUCCCGAAAAAUUAGGGUUUGCACCCGUUCCACCAGGUUUAGAUCCAACUGAUAAAGAAAAUAUCGCUCCUCCACCUGCUUAUUCUCUGAGUGGAUACAAUCAAGGAACACGACGACCGCAAACAUUACCAGGAAUCAGUCCUCUUCAACUUAGACCCCAAGAAAUAUCUAAUACUGGUUACUCAAGUCCAACACCGCAUUGUAAUCUUUAUACCAACGAUAUGUAUUUGAAACCUGUGGCUGAUGCUUUACCCACUUAUCAGCAGCAUCUAGAACAAAAACAGCAAUUCCAAAAUGAAAGGGCACAACAUGUCGAAAUGAAAACAAAUUUAUCGCCAAAUUGUUACAACAAUGUCCGGUUAUAUCGACCCAAUUCGCAGCAGAACGGCACAGCCCAACUGCCAGUUUUAUCACCUUACCCAGAACAAGUAUAUUUCACAAGCAACAAUUCAUUGUCACCGUCUUCGAGAUUCGGAAGUCCAGGGUCUUCGCUGAUUUCUUUAUCGCCUGCUCAAAAAGAAGAUUUGUUAAAUAGAAUUUUACACGAAAAUCCAAGUUAUUUUCACAAUCAGUGCAAUAUAAACUACAGAUCACCAGGAUCGUCCGUUAACUCCCCUCAAUCAAAUAACGCAAUGAGUCCCAAUGACAAAUUAAAACAAGUUGUUGGACCAGGCUCAGUUGACACGUUAAUGAACGGAGCAAUAGAACUCGAAGAUCGCGAAGAAGUGAUGAUAUAAAAGAUAUUGUAUCUUUAUUUAAUCCAAUAUAUCAUGGUACUAUAUAUCAUAAUGAAAAACUACUGUCUGUAAAUUGUAUUGUUAAGGAAAUUUUCUCUGCAAAGGAAAUGUUUUUUUGUCAUAAUAUGUUUAAAACCAGAGUUUAUUUGAAAACUUGUAAAAUUUUUGUCAAACAGAGAGAAUUUUAUAGCACUCAAUGCUUGUUUGGAAAUUGCAAUUUGAGAUAUUAUUGUUGAAUACUCUAAUCGACUGUUAUAUACAUGAAUGCAUUGUUUACGUAUUUUGUUUCAUUUCGAGUUUGUUUAGUUAUAUCAGCGAUCGGAGUUCAUGUUGAAUGCUGACAUUUAUGUAUAUUUUUUUUUUAUUUGAUGUACCUAGCCUUAAGUGAAUAUAUAAUUAUACUAUGCCUGAUUGUGUCGUAACGUAAACAGCUUACGAAACCAUUAUUUGCAUUUUAAUGUUGCAUUUAUAACAUGUUUUGUAUAUUUUAAGUAUCUGACCAGCCAUUAGGACACCAAAUAUAUCGGUUAUACAAUUUUGAAGUAUUAAAAAAUAACAAAUACUUUUAUGCAAUACGGCUGCUUUUUUUUUUAUUUAAACAUCAAGACUUUUAACAUAAGACAUUCAUAGUGUACCUUUUGGAUAUGUUUUUGCGAUUACCGACCUUUUUAAAUUUUAAUAUUAUGGUAAAACUAUCAUUAAAAUCAAUGAAUGAUUUAAAUAAUGAAUGGAAUCAUCUUCGUUAGCCAAGAUGGAACGAGAUAGCUAUAGACAAGGCCUGGAUAGUUUUUGUCUUACUACGACCAUAAAUGUAUAUGGCAGAAUAAUCCGUGAUACCGUUUUGUGCUCUCAUUCAUUCUUUAGCCGUUUCACGGUCAAAUAUUAAAUGCGGACAGUUCACAAACAUUCAAAUAUCAUAACCGCGUUUGUUUUGAGCAUUUAAGCACAACAUCUUGUAAUCGUGACAUAGUCACCAGUAAGAGAGGUCAUUGAUUAAAUGAAAUAAAAAAAUGUCUUGAAUAUAUCAAUAUGCUAAGUAAAAUAAAAAAUACCGUAGAAUCAAGUCCUAAAAUGAAAAGUUGAUAAAUAAAACAAAAUGAUUCCCUUCCUUUUAUGUAUAAGUUGCGGAUUCCGAAGACUGCACAAAAGUGGCAAAGGCCAUUUUGCCAACCAUUAGCAUUUUAAAAGUAAAGUGUUGUUUUCGGUUUUUCAUUUUUGCAAAUAUGCAUCUUGGUAAGUUAGCCGUGUGCGUUGAAAAGCUUGAGCAGAAUAUUCACUAAUAAAUAGAAACUCAGAACAUUUUUAAUAAAUACUUGGUGCUUUAUAGAUAUUAUAGUGUAUGUUUGUUACAUGUAAUCUUCAGUGGGCGCAUGUGAAAGAAAAUAAGCUCGGUUGACAUAUAAUUAAAUCAUGACAAGGACUAAACCUUGUAAUCUUUUUUUUUUUUUUUUGUAUCCUGUAAAAAAGCUUUGUUUUCAUAUGUUAUAUAUGGGUAAGUACUUUAUAACUUGUUUACUAACUCCAGUAUUAAUCAUAAUUGCAGACAAAAACUCAAAAGUAAGGCAUUACUGUAUUUCAAGUAAAAUGUGAAUUAUUAUUUUGUACACACAAAUAUUUUGUAUUGCAACAAAUAACCAAGUUAUGUAAUAUACGGGUUAUUAAAUAUUUUUCUUUUUGAAGAUGCAUGAUGACAUAAAUUUCUUUUAAAAUAACUCAGGAAAAAUGUCGACUGCUAUAUUAUUUAUUAUUAUUAUUUUAAAAGCAACCAACAACCAACAAAUUUAUCAUUUGCUUACACUGCCUUUAAAGUUGUAAACACCAAAAGGAAAGACAUUUUCAAUUGUUUGGCUUUGAGCGUUUCUGAUAAAGAUAAAUCCAGAAAAGCGCUUCGGACACAAAUAACUUAUAUAAUAUUAUUUUUAUUUCAAGAGUAUCAUAAUAAAUGUAUAUUGAUACCUAUAUGUUUGCUCAAAACAUUAUAUUUUCCAUGAUCCAUCAUUUGUAUAAUUUAUAAUAGUUUACUUAUUUACUAUGAUUAAUGAAUUUUUGAAUGCUAUUGCAUACAACAAGGCGAUAAAUAAAAUUGGUUUGACAUGGAACAAUAUACUCUAAAAUGUGAGUAAAAGGUAUAUAAAAGACUACCUUCCACGACGAAAGUCAGCCCAUAGCAAGGCGUAAUCUUAGAACAAUGAUUUUGUUUCAUCAAAAAAGAAAGUUCUAUUUUCUUUACAAAAAUAAGACGAGUUUAAAGAGGCAUAAAAUAUACAAGUCAAAUAAGAAAUUCAAAGAUAAAUCUUUAGAACAAAAGCGACGUACAAGCCUUCAAAACAUUGGAAAGAAAACUACAGGUUAAGAAACAUUAACCCCACCAAAAAAAAAUCGAGGGUGUGUUACUGUACCUUUACACUUUGAUGUCUUUUAUAUAAAAGAUUAUGAAGUAUGAUUGCCAACGGAAAACUAUCCACCAAUGACUAAAAUACGUAAAUGUAAGCAAUUAUAGGUAGCUAUAACGCCUUCGAUAAUGAUCUUAUUCAUACCUCGUAGUAAGCUAUAAAAGGUUUCGACACGACAAAAUGUAAAAGAAUUCCAACGAGCAAACCAACGGCCUGAUAUAUGUACAAAACAAUAAACGAUACAAAAAUAUGAUAGACAGCAACCAACGAUAUUUGUAUUUUUAAGGGUUGUUGGGUUGCCAUCUCAUUGACGUAUAUCCCAAAUCUUAUUUUAUUCAUAUCUGGUACUGUAAAAGAAUGAACCUCGCAUCCUUCGCAUUGUUCAUUACAAGUGAAGAAAAAUUUUCACUGUAUCUCUGUCACUGAUUUUACAGCUUUUACUUCCGAUAUUUUACUGACAAUUUUAACGAAAAUGAUUAUACAUAUAAAUUCAAACAAUUAACAGUGGAGUUAACCGCUAGACUACAUCCGUUAAUCGUGCACACAUUGAAAUUAGUGAGUUUUUCAAGUGAAAACGAGUAUAUUUUCAUUAGAAAGUUUAUGAACUGCAUUAAAUCCCAUAUUUGGAAUGAACAUUUUAUAUUGUUAGUUUACGAAUUCUCUUUGUAAUGCUUUUAAUAUGCUUAUCAAACCACGCACUCAAUUUACCUCCUGUGCAACGGCUUUUGUCGGAAACUACUUUUAUAAUAAAUAGUUACGACAAAACAUUGAAUUAUAAUAUUUUUUCUGAUGAUACAAACAAUAAGCAGGAUUGAAAAAUAAAAAAAGCGAUUCAUCAAA